AUGGUUUUAUUAGUUUUAACUGAACGUAUCCGACACGCGAUAUACCAAGCUAUACAAUCCCCUGAUUUUGAUGAAUCCGCAAAACAAAGACUUAAAACUUAUCUUAAGUCUAGAGAGCCUAAAUCUUCCAUUCCUCUCGAUCUUGUUAAAGAGGUUUCAAAAUUCUUGGUUAAUCGCGAUGGGAAACUUGGAAGAGAAAUUGGUGAGCUUG